UAUACCACCACACCAUCCGCCAGACAGUUCAGCUCGAAUAGAAACACCUUGUUGUUUGUCCCCCAUCGAGUGUCAGGGUACGAAGAGUGAGGACACCGCCGCCGGUCCUCCUGGACGAAGCACCUCCAACGAAGCCCAAGCCGGGAAAUACCUUUCCAACAAUGACCUUCAUGCAAACCCACUUCCAACAAGGCUACAUCACCGACCUAGUCUGCCCUCCUCCCCCUCCCGGCAAGACCGCCGCCCAAGUCCUUCAAAUCGGGCUGGUCCUUGCCCGCGAAAUGUGCAGCUCCGCAAAAGUAAUGACCACACUCAACCCAUAUAUCGCCGACGUCUCCACCAUCUCACCAGCCGACCCUGCUGCAGUCGACAUCCAUUCUCUAGCAGCCACCUUCAACGUCGACGUCAGAGCGGACUACGCAACAAGCGACUUCACACAAUACGCCAUCACCGAUAAAUUACCCGUAUUAUUCGGAUACUCCACGACGCUGGUAUACCACAGCGCACUCCGCACGACGAGAGAUGGUCUCGAAGCCCUGACGAAUCCGGGCAACGGCGUGACGAUCCACGGAAGAUGGGUGGUCAAAGUCGCUGAACGCUCAGAGUAUGUUGAUGAAGUGAGUCGGGAGGCGCCGAUGGAUGAUGCUUUUAGUCUGGGUAGUAGUAGUGGUGUGGUAAAUUUGUUGGAGACGCAGGCUACGAGGUGUAAUGUCAUGUUGAGCUGGUAUAUUAGGCAGAGCGUUGAUAAGAGUCAUCGGACUACGCAUAAGCGGUUUAAGGAGUUGUGGAGGGAGAGAAUGAAGGAGAGGUUGUAUCCUGAUGGGGCUUGAACUCGUGACGACGAUGAUGGGGUGAGUCCUGAAUACAGGUAGGAAUUGAUGUGGAAGAGUAAGAGCGGGAUCCGCUGUGGUUGAAGGCGGAGCAGGCUAUCGUCGGAAAGCAACAGCAACACUUUAACGACGAAUUUGAUGG